ACUGAUCAACGCGCUGUUAUUGGGUGUGAGAACACAAACAAAAAUCCCACAUUACUUCUCAAUCCAACCGUUCUCUCAAUCCAUACUGGUAGGUUAAUCUUCCCGCCCUCGCCAUCUCGGAGAUGGAGAGGUUGGUGGUCGCCACCACGGCGGUCGCACAUUUUUUCUGUAUCUUCCUCAUAUUCUCUGUCGCAAAAGCCGAUGGCGACUUCACCGGAGAACUAAACAUCCACCGACGAUCGCCGGUCAACGGUUUAUGUGCACAGCUCAUUGCUCCCUCUGGUUAUCCUUGCGAAGAACACACCAUUCAAACAAAGGAUGGUUAUUUAUUGGGUCUCCAACGCGUAUCAUCCAGCGGAGAAAGUUUCGAAGGUCAGAGGGGUUUUCCAGUUCUACUUCAACAUGGACUCUUUAUGUCAGGUGAUGCUUGGUUUCUGGAUUCCAUAGAUCAAUCAUUGGGCUUCAUCCUUGCUGAUCGUGGUUUUGAUGUUUGGGUUGGAAAUGUGCGUGGGACGCGUUGGAGUCAUGGGCAUACAUCUUUGUCAGAGAAAGAUAAGGAGUUUUGGGACUGGAGUUGGGAGGAAUUGGCUCUGUAUGACCUUGCAGAAAUGAUCCACUUUGUGAAUUUGGUUACAAACUCAAAAAUAUUUGUUGUUGGGCAUUCACAGGGGACAAUCAUGUCUCUGGCUGCUUUCACUCAACCAGAUAUAGUGAAAAUGGUUGAAGCUGCUGCCCUUCUUUGCCCUAUAUCAUAUUUGGAACAUAUUAGUGCUCCAUUUGUUCAUAGAAUAGUCAAUAUGCAUCUUGACCGGGUGAUUCUUGCAAUGGGCAUUCAUCAACUUAAUUUUAAAAGUGAUGUGGGCGCUUAUAUCUUGGAUUCGAUAUGUGAUGGGCAUGUAGACUGCAACGACUUGCUAACUUCUAUUACAGGAGAAAACUGUUGCUUUAACAACUCUCGGGUGGAUUUCUACCUUGAAUAUGAACCCCACCCUUCAUCAUCGAAGAAUUUGAAUCAUCUUUUCCAAAUGAUCCGUAAGGGUACUUUUGCGAAGUAUGACUAUGGAAUCUGGAAAAACCUGAAGCAAUAUGGCCAGUUAAAACCCCCAGAAUUUGAUCUUAGCCGCAUACCGGAGUCAUUGCCAUUAUGGAUGGCUUAUGGGGGAAAUGAUGCCUUGGCAGACGUUAUGGAUGUGCAGCACACCCUGAAGGAUCUGCAGUCUAAACCAGAGUUGCUUUAUCUUGAGAAGUAUGGUCACAUAGACUUCCUUUUGAGUGUAAACGCAAAGGAAGAUGUUUUCGACAGUAUGAUCGCUUUUUUCAAGUCAUGGAGAAGGUCUAGUAGUAUUUGACUGACUGCUUCAAGCAGUAAGUGAUGGACAUGGUCCACGACUGUAUCUUACUGUGUGUAUAAUGUAUAUGCUGUAAAGUUCAUAUUCUAUUUCUAUUUUAUCUUUGUAUAGGGAAUGAACAAAGCAGAAUAUUAAGAUUGGUAAUGAAGGUUUUUUUUUAACAAAAAAAAAAAAACUUUAUUUACCUUUUGUAUUUGUUUGGUUACCAAGAAGAAUAGGACGGGUAGAAAAAAGAUU